UUUAAGCAUCUGGCACUAUUAGCUUUAGUUUUACACUUCUCCCUAGAAAAAAAAUUAAAUAAAAAUCUUAAGUAGUUAUAAAAUUCUUAGUAACCUAACUGCAAUGGAAGAUGUCCGCACUUUGCGAUAUGAUAUCCAAUGGGAAGUUUUCGAGGGCAUGCAGAUAGUAGACAUAAAUUCAAAGUACUACGACAUGGUGAUCGAGUUCAUGUGGUCCCACUCGUUCUUGAAAAGUCUAGUCUACGAGAGUCUGGGACUAUUUGAUGUGCCGAACAUGAAAGAGACUUACUCUUGGUAUGUGCGCCACAUCCUGCGAAACGAGUGCUCCGUGAUGAUGAUCAGCGAGGACGAGACGCAAAUACGGGCAGUGGGAUUGCUUGAGUGGAUGACCGAGGAAUGGCACUCCUGGGUUUUCUUUCCCUCUUCGCUGCCACGGAAUCUGUUCCAGCAGAUCAUAAUGAUGAAGAAGGAGCUGAUCGAUGCGACCAAGGCGAACAUGGGCAUCUCCACCUACGACGCGCUGUUCGUCCACGAGAUCGCCUUUCCGGAUGAGCUCUACUUCAACAAGGACUUUCUCACGACCAUCUUCGAUGUGUUCGGCUUUGUCGCCCAGCACAUGCACAUGCCGCGGGUGAACUUCAUCGCCCUCAGCUCCGUGGACCAGGAGGCCGCCAGUCUGAUCGAAUACGACGAGAUCGGGCGCACAAUCUACUCAAUCUACAAGGUGGGCAACACUCGUCCCUUUGACAUCCUGCGCGAGCUGGACGAGAUGUAUGCCCUGCUCUACGAGCUGGUCGUCUCGCCGGUACUGAAGUACAUCGAAAUGCCCGGAUUCGAGGAGUUCCACGAGGCCCUGGAAGCCAGGUUGGCCAAGGAGGCAGCCGAAAAGCGACACGACGACGACAUUUGAUCUGUUUUUCGCUGUCAUCUACUCAUAAAUGUCUGCCUACUCUUGGGCUUCACCCUCGUUAUGGUGGAGCACCAGUUUUUGGGGGGGUGGUCAGGAGGUAGUAGUUGGUUUACAGCUAGUCGGUGAUAAGCCUAUCAAUACGAUCCCCAUGCCAAAGCGAUAGUGCUGCCUACACAGAGACAAAAAUCUGUUUACAUUAAACUAAUCACAUUCUAUUAUUGCAUACCUUUGAAUAGAAAAAUUGUUAAAGGUAGACUGAAAUAAUAUAGAAAUGGUAUUUUAUUA